UUGUGCAAAAAUCUCAAAAUUCAGAAAACUAUUGCUCCUCUGUGGACGUACCAUUCUGUAUUUGCUAUUUGGAUGUUAUGGAUAGGAACAGUACUUUUACUCCACUCACAUGGCCACCAAAGUUUUGGGAGCAGAUAACAAUAGCCUUCACAGUGUCCAUGGUGAUUGGAUUGGUGAUUGGAGGGAUCAUCUGGGCAUUUUUCACCUGCCUGUCCCGUCGCAGAGCUAGUGCCCACAUCUCCCAGGGGAGCCCCUCAUCCUUCAGCCGUCGGUCCAGACCCUCCUCCCAUGGCCACACUGCCGGCAGGACUGGAUUUUACCGCAACAGCAGCUGUGAACGUCGGAGCAACCUCAGCCUGGCCAGCCUCACCUUCCAGCGGCAAGCCUCCUUGGAGCAGGCCAAUUCCUUCCCCAGGAAGUCCAGCUUCCGUGCAUCCACCUUCCACCCUUUUCUGCAGUGUCCUCCCCUGCCUGUGGAGACGAACAGUCAGCUGAUCACCCUCACUCCCACAAACACCACCACAACCCUUGUGGCAAGCACCACCAACAGCUUGAGUCGACCUGAAUUCCACUGGUCUAACAACAACCUCCGCAUCUGCCACUCCACGCAAACCCCACCUCCCGCCUAUGAAACCAUCAUAAAAGCUUUCCCAGAAUCCUGAGCUUCGUCCUCAUUGCAAACACAUGUGUGCAUCUUAGGAGGAACCUCAAUUAUCUCAACAAUGUCCUGUGCAUGAUGAAGAUCUCUGAGAAGUCCUGGCUGCAGCUGCAUAGGGGACAUACUUUGCCAAGAGGCAUGUAGAAGUGAUUUCAUGGAGCCCAACAUCCCACUGUCUGAGAGAUCACUUGUCUGUGCACUGCUGGCUUUUAUUUACUGCUCUGCUGUAUGCUUGCAAAUUUAUAGUGUUAUAUCUUUAAUUGCAGCUAUUGUCUCUUUAUUUUAGAGGGAAAAAUGCUGCCGCAUAAAAACGAAAUCAUUUCUUGAAGAAACAGAUAAUACUAGAGAUUACUGAUAUACACAGCACAUCAAUGCAAAUGUCACUGUUCCUUUUUUUUUUUAAGAAGUUUUGAUUUCACAUGCUUUUGUUACAUUUUCAGAGACCACCUCCUGUUACCCACCUUCUUGCCAUAACCCCAGAAAAGCUUCAGUCUGAGGAACCUUAGAUGCAGACCCCAUAGAGGAUGCAGUCCUGGCUGCUGUAGACAUCCUGUUCUGUUGAUUGCAAAGAUAUGCUCUGAAAAGACUCCAUAUUAGGGAUGCUUGUUUCAAAUUCCCCACAUUGUGGGAAAAAAAAAAUUGAAGUAUAUAUAGUUUUAUGAACAAAGUUUUGAACAACAUACUAAAUGCAUUAUAACAAUUAUAAAGACUUUUCUGUCAGCAGCCAGCACAACAGGUAGUCAUGUUUUAAUACUAAGUGAGGCUGUAUGGGCAGAGGCUCCUCAUGUUUCAUUUUUCUAGCUCUGGCUAUCCAGAUAAGCAGUAUGAAUGACAACUAUUUUUUAAUUAAGUUUCCUGAUUUCCUAUGGGAUUAGUCAUUUCCUUAUUUCAAAUGUUUUUUCUCAAAUUGUACCAACGUUUAAUUUCUUCUUUUAUUCACUGAAAUCUUGUCUUUCACUAAAACAAGAUUUCAGACAUCUGUGGCUGAAUACAGGGAUUGUAUAAUGAAUUGGGAUAUGAAGAUAAAGAUGAAGUAUUUAGUUGAGGCUUACAUGUAUUCUUGACUUUUAUAUGUGUGUCAUGCCAAGCUAACCCCUGGCUUAGUAGAGACUAAUUGCAGUAAUAUGACAAAUGUUCAGGAUUUGGAAAUAACAGAGACAAAUGGGAUCCAAAUUAAGUCUUAUUAUAUCAGUUUCCUGUUAAAUUUUUCAUGUGCAAAUUAAGGGUAAAGAUUUUCCACAAGUAGAGGAGCUGUCCACACUGCAAAUAUGCCUGUUGUUUCUAAAAGGCUUGGGCAAUACCAGCCUCAGGACUCCCGAUUCUGAGGAGGCUUCUGCAGGGAGAACAAGUUCUUGUCUCCCUUCUGGGAGAGACAAAGAUUCAGCAGCUUAUGAGAGUGGGCAAAAUGCUUAACGUCUCCCAGAUUUUCCAGGCUUUUGGAGACUGGCAGCAUACAUCCCUUUGCUAAGAUCAACAUCCUUCAGGAAACACUGACAUUGAUCUCUGAUCCGCAGUAUUCCAGCCCAAUAUCCACCCAUUCACAAGUAAUGCUAAAUACAUUGAGCUUAAAAGCAAUACUUACUGUAAACAAGUAUUCCUUAUUGUAAAGUCAAAUUAUUUUGCAUACUAUUUACUGACUGAAUUUCACUGUUUUAUUUUUACUGUGCCGCACAUCUGGAGAGAUGUAUGUCAUUGCUAGAAGAACAACCAUUUACAGAGUUUACAAAGUGUUUCACUGUGGACACUAUGGUUCUGGCACACCCAGAACUUGCUGAUAGGAUUGUAACACUCCAUUUGGCUGAUCACAGGAUGCAGAAUCAAAAUAGCAGUCCUCUGAAGAAAGAAAGAAAGAAAGAAAGUUAUGCUUUUUCAUUCAUUAAUAUUUUUUUUACAUUUAGAGAUUUUCUGAGUCUGGUGAAUUUCAUUGCAUGCAAAAAUAUGUUCAAAGUGUCCUUCCUAUAGAAUAGGUGAUGCAGCCUAUUCUAACCUGCCUACAAAAAGUAGAAUUCAAGCCUGCUCCCUUUGUUUAGUGGGUUUUAUGGAUUGUGGAAGGGACAACUUACCCUAACAGCUGUGUACCCAGCGUGCACCCAGCUGGCCAAAACUGCUUGUUCCUUGAGAGUGAAAUAAUUUUAGAUGAGUAAAUUUUUACUUCUGGAUUGUAAGUGCACGUUACAUUACAGUAGAACUUUCCACAGCACAAUUAUUACACAAUUAUUACUUGUAUUAUACUGUAUUUAGUAAACAUUGUAAAGAGGGAAGCUUAAAUGCACUGUAUAUUUUUUUCCUCCUGAAAUCUGCACUGGAUAUAGAAGUAUUUCUUAUGUGCCCUGGAGUAGGGAGGCUAAAAAACCACGUUUUGUGCACAGCCAAUAUGACUGUCAGAAGCCUAAAACUUGUUUUCACAUCUGAAAGAAAUGUUUUGCAAGCAUUCAGGAAGCUUUGGAACGUGGAAUAAAGUUAGAUGCUAUGAUCUCAAGCUCAUGUUUUUUCUUAAUGAUGAAUACAGUGAUUUGCAUCAAGGAUCCUUUAAAGGGAAGAGUAUUAUCUUUAAUUAUGCAAGCUGAUACAGUUAGAAAUGUGAAUGGGGACUCCCUCCUUCCUUUGCUUCUGUGGGGAAACACCCCAAAACUGAAGAUGUUAUUUGAAGUCAGGGUCAGAAUUUGCCCUAUGAGAAUGGCUUCAAAGGAUUACAAGUGAGAAGGUCUCUCACAAAUAACAGUGCUUACAGGUUUUAAAUCCACUGCUUUUUAAGUACUUCAGCUUCAAUUCACAUUGUGUUUGAGCAAAUGAUUGCUUUAAGCAAAAGGGCAAUCACUAUAAGGUUCAUGCUUAAAUGGACUCAUGCACAUUUUAUUGCAUUAGGACUAAAGCACACUGCACAGGACCAACCCCCAAAUUAACAGUGGGAUUCAGGAAUCAUUGUGUGUUAGAUAUGCAAAAAAUAUUAUAUUUGCUUGAUGAAAUAAUCUUUUAUUUCAAUUUAAAAUACUAGAAAGAGGAGCUGAAUUAAAACAGCAUGUUACUGCAGGUUUCAAGAUUUCAGAGCAUUCACAAGCAUGAAUUGAACUUGACAAUUAUUUUGCAUGUAAUACAAAUAAAAUGGCGCUACCAGAAUCACAUAGGGACUGAUAGGCAGAACUUUGAUCAACACCCAGAUAUCCUGACACCUUGUUCUGAGUAAGCAGAACUACUUCUCCUCUUCAUGAAGAGAAAUGCAAUCCUGUUAUUGUCCAUGUCCACAAAAAAGUCACUCCAGUUAUGGGUUCAUACAGAAGGCAGAACUUGACAGCUGUUUGUCAGAGAAUAUUUAUGUUCUAUAUAAUUUUUACAAAAGUAGCUCAUGCUAUAUUCCUUGACGUUGCAUCAUUGAAGAGCUGCUGACCACCUCUUUGGACAGCUACUGAUGACCAUACUGUAACACAUUGAAUAUGCAGUAUUUUUGCCAAAUCACAUUUUAAAGUUCACUUGUAAUUUAUCAUGAAGUUUUUGAAUCAUCUCAAAAUCCAUUCUUAAGUAUAAACUGAAAACUAUGCUCGCUGGAAAUAUCCUCUCAGAGGUGAAAUGACACAUGCCAGAUGCCUGACCUAUAAGCAUUUGAUAAAAUUAGGUGAUGUCUAUGAUGCAAUACAGCUUCUGGAACAAAAAAAGAGAAAGAAAACACUAAUUUGAAAUUUACCUCUGCCAAGUCCAGAGCAGUCUAAAGAAGAAGGCAUUGAUAUAACUUCAAAAUACUGAGAACAAUAUUUUAGAAACUACACUUAGAAAGUCUUAAAACUCAAGGAAAA